GCGCGCAGAGGGAGGCAACUAAAAACUGGAGACAACGCGAGCUUAUCGGUCGGCCUGCUCUACGUCCUGAGAAACCGGCUCCCCAAGGUUUCCUUGCAUGAGGGCGGAGUCCGCUCCCCACCCGGCCAAAGUGUUCAGAUCGCUCAAGAUGGUGGCUGCGAAGGCUGAGGCCGGCAGGGCUGCCACCGCCUACUUCCGUCCAGCCAGACCCUUGCCCUCGCUGGUGACAGUCCUGGCGCUGGGAUAUUUCGCGUGGGUUGUCUUCUGGCCUCAGAGCAUACCUUAUCAGAACCUAGGGCCCCUGGGCCCUUUUACCCAAUACUUGGUGGACCAUCAUCACACCCUCCUGCACAGCGGGUUUUGGCUGGCCUGGCUGAUUCAUGUGGGAGAGUCCUCAUAUGCCAUGGUAUUGUGCAAGUCUAAAGGCAUCACAAAUGGUUGGGCUCAGCUGUUCUGGUUCCUACAAACUUUCUUAUUUGGGAUAGCAUCUCUCUCAAUCUUGAUUGCUUAUAGACCAAAACGCCAAAAACAAACUUAAAGAAGAUAUCUAAAAACUUUCCUCUAUGCUUUGACAUUCAAAUCUUACCUUUUAUUAUUUUUUAAAGAUUUAUUUAUGCAUACAAGAACUGGAGCCAGAGGUGUGGGGGGUGAGAGAAUUCACCAGAGACAGGGUGGGGAAAAGAACAGGCAGAUCGACAGAAAUACCCAGCUAAGGGGAGCAGCAGGCCAGUCAGGAGAGGUCUGCUGCACCAAGUGGGUAACUCCCUGGCCGGGGAUUGAACUCGUGCUGCAGUGGCUGCAGUUUGCUUCAUAGGCUGUGUGCUAACCCCUUGCACCACCUGGGAGACCCCAAAUCUCACCUUUUAGGGGGAUGUUGUGUUUACUUGAUCUUUCUACUUUCUAGAAAGUUGAAACCCUCUAAUUCAUUAUUCUUACAUAUACUCUGGUUGAGUUUAAGUAGAUUGUAGGAAAAGAUUUUAGUUUUCUAGUUCUUCAGAUGAGUCUUUUGGCAGAGGGCAUCCUGAGGUCCGUCCUCUGCUGUGUGGUGCUCUCCCUUUGCCUUGUUUAAACCACGCACUGAAUGUGCUUGUUGGUGCCUCUUUGCUCUACCUUCUGGUUAAACACCUUACCCUUAGCACCACUAUCUUAUCUCUCCUUUCCCCAAUUUUUUUCUCCUUUGCAGAACCAAGAUAAAGUGACACUUCAUUUUAACAUCUGCAUUCCACACACAUAUUUAUUAGCUACCUGCAAGACAGGGACUUACCUGUGUAACCCUCUUAAACUUCCAUUUCUCACAGCGAGAAAGAUGAAGUAAGCAUGUGCCUGGAAAAGGCAGUGAGUGAUCACAUAGAGAAAUGAAGCACACCCCGACAGCCGAAGGGAAAGAACUGGGUCAUGUCUUCCCUGCUCCUGCCAGCAGGAAGUGACCCUUCCCUCUGAGUGGCCCCUGGGGCACAGUGUUCUGUAGGGUGCAGGGGUCUGAUGGCCACUGGUAGAUAGAUUGCUCCUUCAAAUCAGGACAACUGCCAGCUUUAUUUUUCCCUUCAGCCCCUCUCCCACUGCCUUGCACACAGGUGUUCUAUCAGUAUUUAUUGAACAAAGCACAGAGACUGACUUUACAUUCAACUCAUUCAGAAUCAUUCCAGUUUUCAUGUGACAGUUUUAACACCCAUUCAGGGUACCCUCUUCUCAAAAGUACAAGGCUAACGUUGUCCUUGCAUCAUUGUUUCUGUGGGUUCCUUGGUAGGAAGUCUGUCUUUUUCACACCUUCUUAUUCUUAGCCAUUUUCUCCAGAUUCUGUAGAUGUCUCCCUCCAGUUUUUACUCAACAUAAUCAUUCCUAGUCUAGAGAGUGUAAUCCAAGAGUUAUGCAGCUAGUUACUACCUCUCCAUUUACCUGGUAAUACUGACUGGUUGGGGCAAGAGAGUUAUUGACUCUGUUUCCUGGCUCCGGUAGAAUGACUGUCACCCCUAAGAUCCAUUAGGGCUCCUUUCCUGGGGGACCACCUAUGUGAGCGGGGCUUGUUACUUGUUUUAAGCAAAUAUUUGUGAAUAACAGACCCUCCCCCCCAAAAAAACAAGGUUCCAAGUAAAAGCAGUCCUGAAAGAUUAAAGAUUAUAAGUUGUUUCUGGUGGAGGAAUAAUUUCUGCAAUAAUUUCUAUCUGUUUUCCCUCUGUUUCUUAUGAUUAAAAGGUUACUUUUUGGUAAGGAAAAUGAUUUUUGAUCAUGAAGCUAAAACUUCAUGGAAAUCCAGCACAGGAUUAAAUGCAUGGUCCUUACCAAAGAGAAAAAAGACUAACAAUACUACUAAGGCUACCAGGGACAAUUUGGCAGCUUGUUGAAUGAAAUGGAUUAACUUGAAUAAAACGCUGUGAAUUCUCCAAUCAAAUGGUGGCUAGAUUUUGUUUGUUUUUUUUGUAUGUCUUUUGGUUAUCACACAUUUGAAAACUUUGUACCGUUCAAACAUCAGGGUUUUUUGUUUUUUUCUUCAAAGAUUUAUUUAUUUAUUUAUACAUGCACUGGGU